AUGACCAAUCUUCGUGCUCCCUCCUUCGCUGGACUUGUCCUCGUGGCGCUCAAGUUCACGUUUACUGUUACUCUGUCCCUUAAGUGGACGAUGGGUAUGACCAGUCAGUUGCAGACCCAGAUGGUGUUUGUGGAGAAUAUUCAGAGGUGCACGGAGAAGCUGACGGUGGCGGCUCCGACUAGCACUGCAGCUGAGAAGCCGUUCCGUGGCUUCAACCGCAUGGAUCUCCGAUACCGUCAUGGUCUGCCGCGUGUGCUUCGCGGACUCACGUUCAGUGUGAACGUGAAGGAGAAGGUCGAUAUUGCCAGUUCGUGGAACAUCGCUACAAUCCUGCAAGACCUUGUGUUGUUUUUAAACACGGUGCGUUCAAAUUCGGAUCCGUUCGGUCAGUUUUUGGACGACCAGAACGUCUGCAAAGCAUGGCUGCAGAAGGCCAUGACCUCGCAGGAUUCCGCGGACGAGAAGGGUUCGAAAUUCAGUGUCACUGCAUCGAGCGACCAAGAGAAAAGAUCGUCACUGGAGAUUCGCCAGAUCCAGCAGGGUAUCCGUGAAGAGCUCCGAGGAUGCACGACGCUGACGAUUGCGAACCGGAUCAACAACCGGGCCGCUCUUGGUAUUGGAGAUUAG